AUGACAAACUGUGCACCUCGGUGGAUUUUUAAACCCAGGUUUCUUGAAAGUAGUAAGGGAUUGACUACGGCUACAAUCCCACGGCGAAUUCUUCAGCACCCGAAUCCAGGCAACUUUGCCAAUCGGCCAAAGGAGGAAGUGACAGAAAUUGCCCGGAAGGGAGGCCGAAAAGGAGGCAAGGCAAGAGGUGUUGGAGGGUUUCAUGAUAUGGAUCCUGAAAAACAGCGCAAAAUAGCAUCUAAAGGAGGUCAAGCUUCAAACGGCUCUUUUACAAAAAGAGGCGGGCGUGCCCGAGAGGCUGGACGAACAGGUGGAAGGCCGCAGAAGCAUAUAGCGGUCGAAGACGAGUACGCAGACGUAUUUGAAUGA